AUGGCAGUCGAUCUAGAACAACAAUCAUCCUCCCCUGCUCCCACGUUACACGACGAGCCGGCCGUCAUGGAGGACACACAACGACAUGGCAUCAACUCAGCAACAUGGCACGGCCGAAGAGGUCUUGUCAUCAAGAUCCUCACAGGUGUCAUGGUUGCCAUUCUCGUCGUCUUCCUCGCCGACCUUUCAUACGUCUUCGGUUCCACAUUCGAGGUCGGUAAUCGAGUAUCAGGUCUGAAGAUUCUAGUCGUCGACUAUGAUGGUGGUGCUGUUGGAGAGUCUGUCGCCAGCGCAUACAAGAACUUCCAGGACAAGACUUUCCCUACACUUGAGUUUCGAUCCGCCGAUGACUACCCCGAGACAAAGGAUGUUAAGCAUGGCGUCUGUCACGCAGAUUAUUGGGGUGCUAUCUACAUCAACAAGGGCUCUUCUGAUAAGCUUGCUGCUGCUAUUGAAGGUGGCUCUGCUGCCGAGAACUACAACCCUGCUGAUAGCAUCACCUACAUCUACAACAGCGCCCGAUAUCCUACUGUCGCUUCUGGAUACUUGGUUCCCAACUUGCAAAAGGUCAUCAGCGCCGCUCGAGGUAGCUACUACCAGUCCCAACAGGGCCGAUCCGCCCUACGAAGUGUCAACAGCAGUGAUCCAGCUGCCGUCGAAGCAUAUCUCAACCCUAUCCAAGGUACCGCCGACAUCAUCAUGCCCACCAACCAGGGAAGCCGAAACCUCUACAACACCAUCAACAUUGUAAUGGCUAUCCUUGGCCAGUUCUUCUAUGUCCUCGCCAUGAACGGCAUUUACGACAAGUUCGGCCUUCACAAGAACAUGCGCAUCCGCGACCUCUUCAUCAUGCGCUCUAUCAACGGCAUAAUAUUCUCUGCCCUCUAUGCCCUGAUCGUCACAGGAUAUAUCUGGGCCUUCCGCGAAGACUGGGGUGUUUCUGGCGGACAGUUUGCUCUAUCCUGGUUGACCUUUUGGCUAUUCAUGGAUGUCAACUUCCAAGUACUAGAAACUCUGAUUGGAAGCUAUAUCCCCAUGGCCCUCACGCCUUUCUUCCUCCUGACUUGGUUCAUGAUGAAUGUCGGUUCUGUCGUGUUCCCCUUUGAGCUUACAACCGGAUUCUACCGCAUUGGUUACCUUUUCCCCGCUCAUUCACUAUGGAUCAUUCUCAUCGAGGUCUGGUCUGGAUGCGGCAACUCUCUUCACAUUGGACUUCCUAUUCUCUUUGCUUGGUGGGUUGUUGGACAUGUCACAGCGUUCUUCGGUAUCCGAAAGAGGUGCCUGGAUCAGUUGGAGAACCUUAAGACUGAGGAUGGCAAGCAACAAUAA